GUUACCUCUCCCUCAACACAUUCAGCUGAUCUAACUCACAGCAAUCCAGAUACACAAGAGUGAGAGAGAGAUGGAAGUUGCUCAAGUGCUUCACAUGAAUGGAGGAAUGGGAAAUACAAGUUACGCAAACAACUCCCUACUUCAGCAAAAGGUAAUAUCGAUGACGAAGCCCAUUACAGAGGAAGUUAUAAGCAAUCUCUACAGUAGCAUGUCGCCAAGGACGCUAGCCAUGGCUGACUUGGGUUGUUCUUCUGGACCAAACACUUUGGUCCUCGUUUCUCAACUUAUGGAGGUGGUUCACAAUCUAUGGCGAAAGCUAGGGCAUGAUCAAUCACCUGAAUAUCAAGUGUUCUUGAGCGACCUUCCGGGGAACGACUUUAAUACCAUUUUCAUGUCAGUUCCAAGCUUCCUGAAAAAAAUGAGCCUUCAACUGGGGCCGGCCUCCGGUCCAUGUUUCUUAUCAGGAGUUCCCGGUUCUUUCUACGGCAGGCUUUUUCCGGCCAAUAGUCUGCAUCUUGUCCAUUCUUCUUAUAGCCUCCAUUGGUUAUCUCAGGUUCCUGAAGGGUUGGGGAGCAACAAUAAAGGGAACAUUUACAUGGCAUCCACAAGCCCGCCAGGUGUACUUUGUGCCUACUACGAGCAAUUUCAAAGAGAUUUUUCAAUCUUUUUGAAAUGUCGUGCAGAGGAGUUGGUGGGAGGAGGAAGAAUGGUUUUAACAAUUCUGGGGAGAAGGAGCGAAGAUCCAUCUAGCAAAGAGUGUUGUUACAUCUGGGAGCUUUUGGCUACGGCACUCAAUGACAUGGUCUCCGAGGGCCUCAUAGACGAAGAAAAAUUGGAUUCCUUCAACAUUCCUAAGUAUACGCCAUCUCCAUCAGAAGUGGAGUCCGAAGUUGUAAAAGAUGGAUCCUUCUGCAUUGAUCGUCUAGAGGUUUCUGAAAUCAACUGGAAUGCUUACGACAGUGAAUCAUUCAGCUCGUCCGAUGCCUUUUCUGAUGGCGGAUACAAUGUUGCAAAGUGCAUGAGAGCUGUGGCUGAACCAUUGCUUGUUACUCAUUUUGGAGAUGCAAUCAUUGAAGAGGUUUUCUGCAGAUACAAAGAAAUCCUUUCUGAUCGCAUUUCUAAAGAGAAGACACAGUUUACCAAUGUGACCAUUGCCUUGACUAAAAGAGGAUGAUUGAGGUCAAGAUAAAAACAUAUAUAUAUAUAUAUACAUAGAAGUACUUCCAAGUCUCCUUAUGAAUAAAUCUCGGCCAUCUCACAUUUAUGGCGAGUCGAGGCUUGUGGAAGAAAAAUAUCAUAAAGUUAAUUAUAAGGUUAUUAAUAAAUAAUGUUAAUCCAAUCAAAGUCAUUUCAUCUUAUGAAUGAAUCACCUCGUAUGGUUGUCCAA